AUGGACGACAAUAUCAUCAAGAGUAAGGGCCUCACCAAAUCCGACAACAUAAUCAAGGGCGACCGUCCACGCGCCCUAAAGGCCCGCAAGAAGAAGACCACCGCUCAGAAGACCCAGCCAGAAAUGUGGAAAUUCUUCAUUACUUAUACUGAUUUCACGCCGCUGCGCAGAAGCCUCAGAAUCCAGUGCUACGAUGAGCGCUGCGGAUUGGAAGCCAACAAAGAAAAUAAAAACGAGCACCUCACUCCAAGCCGUAUUUUCAAUCCAGCCCUCUACCCAGACUAUUUCAAGCCCCAAGAUAUCACAGUUGUGUGGGGUCACUGGCGUUUCCUCGCAUGCCCAACCGCACAAGUCAAAUGCUCUGAUUGCGGAAAAUUCCCUUUCCACUUAGGCUGCCUUGUGGUCUCCAUUGACGGUGAAUGUCUCGCCAAACUACCUGACGAAAUCCAGCCCCGCUGUGUGGUGACCGUAUUCUUCGGACAUGGUAAUGGACACAACGUCGUUACCAAGAUCAAGGAAAAGCCGAACACAGCACAGGUCGCCUUGCUUAAGGCAUGUGUUUCUGCUCUCAUUGAGGUCAUUAAUGUCUGUGAUGUGGACAAGCCGAAGCAUGGUGAUGAAUACACCUUUCCGCUUCAUACACUCGUUAUCCAGACGGAUUCGUCGUACAUCUAUCAGGGUGUGACCGAGUGGAUGCCUAAGUGGAAGGCCAGUGGGUGGAAGAACUCGAGAGGUCGACCAAUUGCCAACGAGGGUUUGUGGCGCCUUGUGGAUCUAUGGAUUCGCCAUCUUGAACCUACUGUUGCGGUGCAGUUCUGGCUUGUCCCACGUGAGCUUAAUUCGUGGGCCCGUGAGAUGUCGAAGUGGGCGUUGGAGAACUAA